GACGAGCCGAGAGAUGCGACGCGCCGGAGGGGAGGCGUGAACGGCGGCGGCGGCGGCGGGGAACCCGGAGAGGGGAUCCCUGAGCGGGGAGCGGCCGCUUUACGUCUAAGCUUUGAACAGGUACUGACUUUGCUGACCUUUGACCUUUUGACACCACCCUUCCGCCCAGCAGAGAGACGUGAAAUCUGCCCAGGCUGCUACGUAGCCUUUCGUGGCGUAGAUCUUAGUCAGCGGGCUGGUCUGGAUACAUGUGCCGCAGCCUCUGACGAGAUGUGACAGGAUGCUGCACCAUCACUGCAGAAGGAACCCUGAGCUGCAGGAGGAGCUGCAGAUUCAGGCCGCGGUUGCCGCCGGCGAUGUCCACAUCGUACGCAAGAUGCUGGAGCAGGGCUACUCCCCCAACAUCCGGGACGCCAAUGGCUGGACGUUACUCCACUUCUCGGCCGCCAGGGGCAAGGAGCGAUGCGUCCGCGUCUUUCUGGAGCACGGAGCCGACCCCACGGUGAAGGACCUGAUCGGUGGCUUCACCGCGCUGCACUACGCCGCCAUGCACGGCCGCGCGCGCAUCGCUCGCCUCAUGCUCGAGUCGGAGCACCGCAGCGACAUCAUCAACGCCAAGAGCAAUGACGGCUGGACUCCGCUGCACGUGGCUGCGCAUUACGGCCGUGACUCGUUCGUCCGGCUGCUGCUGGAGUUCAAAGCGGCCGUGGACCCCCUGAGUGACAAGGGCACCACGCCGUUGCAGCUGGCCAUCAUCCGCGAACGCUCCAGCUGCGUGCGCAUUCUGUUGGACCACAACGCCAACAUCGACAUCCAGAAUGGCUUCCUGCUGCGCUACGCCGUCAUCAAGGGCAACCACUCGUACUGCCGCAUGUUCCUGCAGCGCGGCGCCGACACCAACCUGGGCCGGUUGGAGGACGGCCAGACGCCGCUGCACCUCUCCGCGCUCCGCGACGACGUACUGUGUGCGCAGAUGCUCUAUGCCUAUGGUGCCGACACCAACACCCGCAACUACGAGGGCCAGACCCCCGUCGCCGUGUCCGUCAGCAUGUCCGGCACCUCUCGGCCCUGCCUCGACUUUCUACAGGAAGUCACCCGACAGCCCCGCUGCCUGCAGGACUUGUGCAGGAUAAAAAUCCGCCACUGCAUAGGCCUUCAGAACCUGAGGCUCCUGGAGGACCUGCCCAUCGCCAAGGUGAUGAAAGACUAUCUCAAGCACAAGCUGGACGGCCUCUAAUCGUAGCCCCACGCCCCGACGCCACGGCCCUGCUCCUCCAGCUGCAGACUAUGCAAAAGCUUUUUCCUUUUUUUUUUUACGCGAGAGCUCAAAGCACAGGUACAAUGUUUUUAUAUAACCUCAUGUCUUAGCUUUUAAAUCCAUAAUUACUGGAGGAUUACCUGUCUUAGGUGUCACAACAAGGCCUACCUUUCCCGCGAUCUGUCGAGGCGCAGUUAUUUAGACAGAGUGAAAGUUCAGCGAUUUGUGAAGGCAGGUAAUGGAACUGCUGAUUUUUAUUUAAAAAAAAAAGCAAGAAAAUUAACCAGCUGGCAGAGUGUUGCUGAGUUGUUGCAUUUUGGUGGGGAGAAAAUCUAGCGCAUGACAUUUGUGUUUAAUAACAGCAACUUCUGCGUUUUUUUUGUUUUUUGUUUUUUAACUUCAUCGGCUUGGAAUGGUGAGAUGGUUGCAUCCUAAUCGCCAGCAGUGAUGCUUUUCUAAAAUAUUUUUCACACAACAAUUUGAAGGACUCCCUCCCGCCUGCCUACGAUUCACACAGACAGGUCAAGGUGUAGCUCAGAACUCUCACUAUGGAGCUCGGCCCUUAGUAAAAUGUGUCCCACACUUCGCAAGUGUGCCGUCUCAGAUUUCGACUAACUUUAGUAUAUUUCCCUUUAGUAUAUGUAUGAAGUUACUUAAAUUAAAAUAGUAUUUUAUGAACGUGUUGUUCCAUGUGGAGGCCCAUAUGAAGUGUGUUUGUCCCCCCCCCCCCAUGCUACCACUCAACAUCAAUCAUGCCAGUCAGUGGUUCCCCAGUGGUCCUCAGCCUCUCUGGGUAGCAGAACUGGUGGUGGGUCAUAGAGGGCAGGGUCAGUCCAGAGGAAACUGGAGCGGUCUGUGGCUGUUUACCUGGUGGGGUGACGGGCUGCUGGGCUGCCGUGUUCAGCGGGGCGCACUCAUCCUUGUCAAGGUCAGAGGACAGCUAGUGAAGCAUCGUGGUCUGGGAGCCUGUUAAAUGGGUCUCUGCCUCUCGGUCACGAAGCCCUUUGGCCCAAAACAUCAAAGCUGCCAGUGGAAAUUUCAAAUAAAAUCAUCAGACUAAGAGACUAGUGCAAGCAAGAGGUCGUCUUAAUUAGGUAGAAAAUUUACUUUGAAUUUAACACACUACCAGUUACUGUGCAAAUUCUUGUUUUGUGUAUAUUGCCCUUGGAUUAAGUUAGGACGGGUAACAAAGCUCUCAAUUUAUUACAGAACUCACCGUGAAAUUUGCCGAAAGCGUUCAUGGGCUGGAGAAAAAAAGGUCUUUGUGUACACAUUUCAGAGUUUAGUUCCGAUGUACAGAUAGCAGUCAUACUCAGAUUAAAUGUAAAUAUGUACAGCAGAUAUUUUUUUUACGGUAAUUUAAAGGGUAUGAUAUAAAAUUGUAUGGAAAUCUGUCGAGUCUCGUGCUUUGUUUCUCGUGGUUCUUGUAGCGUCUCCCUGAGUCUGAGGUCUUUUAAGGUGAUAGGUGUUAUUUCCCAAACUGAGUGGAGUGCUUUGGUCUCUGACGUAGCCCCGAUAAAGAUGCCGAUGUGAGGUGUAUCCCCCUGGUGACUUCUCCCAAUCGAUUAAACGUUUCUGUAUUCCAAACAGAUAUUUUGUCAGAGAACAUAUUAGUGAUUUGAUACAUGAUCUGAAUUGAUUAUUAUAUCAUGAUUAUUAUUGGUAUUAUUAUUAUUUUUCUUGCCUAAGAUGUUUUGCAGCAAUCUGGGAAGGUAAAUAUUUCAUAUAGCCUUGGGUUUUCUGAAGGGUCCGUGUUAGGAAGUAUGUGUACAGGGAAGCCAUUUUGUGUUUUGCCCCACUAGCGUAAAUAGUAGAUUAGCAUCUGCUAAACAUGGUGUUUAUGUUGCUUUGUUCUUACAAAUUUUUGUUUGGGGUGCAGGAAGUAUCCAAAAAUCAGUUUAAAUAUAACAUUGAGAUUAUAAAUGUGAUUGGGCAGUAUUGUUUAAGCCAACAUAGCUGGUUUAUGCAUAGAUCUUAUAUUAUCAAGACCCACAAUUAAAAUAUCCUGAAGAUCUUGUAAUGUUGAUAUAGACUUGUUUUCCUAUCAACAAUGUUAAUAUAAACAAAUCGCUUAAAAAUCUUGUAUUUUUAAGGUAUUAAUAAAAUGUAAUUAAACACAAGUAAGUUUGGCCUUUACUAGUGGACAUCCAGGUGAGCCAUUUCCUGCUUUCACUGCCUCUAAUCAAAUACAGUCAGUUCUUUUUUUUUUUUUUCAAAAAAAAAUCCAUAUUAUUUCUCUAUUAAGUCUAAACUUUAUGGUCAUAAGUCAUGUCAUGAUUUUAUGAAAAUCAUUAUCAAAAUCAUAUAAUUAUUAAUAAUAAAAAAACCCUGAGUUAGUAGUUUGGAAUCCCUGCAAUUCAAAAUGCCGUAUUUCUGUGUCUGCCUAUUUAAUUUAUAUUUUAAUAAUAAAGAUGUGACAUUCACUGUCCAAAUGUGGCAGACAUUCUUCAGCUGAAGAUAUAUGAAUUGGUGGCUUUUUGUUUUUAAAUUUUGUAUUUUUUUUUUUUUUUUUUAGGUUAUCAGUGUUCUGCCAACACAAAUUUGCCUUCUUGUGUUUCCAAAGUCUUCCAAACUUGUUUUUCGAAAGACGUUUAAAAACGUUGUUUGUUGUUUGCAGAUUUGUAAAGAUGUGUGAAUAAAAACUAA